AUGGUGGCAGAGGCAAACCCUGCCUUUUGCCAAUGCCUGGACUUGUUUUUCACGGUCACGGCCCAUGUCCGAGUUGCUAAGGCAUGGAAUCGUUGUUGGCGCUUGCGUGGUGACGAGAUGCUCGAUGUAGGAUCCAAGCUCCAUGACGACCAGGGCAGCAGGAACAAUAUCGAGACGUCAUCUUGCCUCUGUCUCUGGGCCAGUCUCGGGCCAUCGCGAGUCCCAUAG